GGUAACGUACUACCGGUAUGUCAUGUAUCGUACUGUAUUUCACACAGAAAGCACGAGCCAAUUGGUGGGAAGAAAGCAGCGAAUAGUUAUCAUUCUUUCAUACCGUAGCUACAUCGCCAUUUUGGAGGUUUACAGUGCACCAGAAGCACUGACCACCUAUUCCUUGGAUCCACCACUAUUCGCAAGCGACAACACCGAUAGUACUUCGAACCAUAGCCAGACCAAAAAAUAUCGAGAAGAAUGGGUGGUGGGAAAAAAAGAGCUCUGGGAGGAAGUGGUCCGUCGUCGUCGUCGUCGAUGAGCGUUGUCGAAAAACUCCAGAUUUUGCGUGGCUUGAGCUGUGGCGGCUUUAGCGAAAGCGAUCUCUCAAAUUGCCUGAGACAAUCUGGUUACCGCGUCGAUGUCGCUGCGGAACGUUUGGUAACCGGUCAAUUUCAACCUUCGAAGAAAGCAAACCGAAACAAAGGAUUCUUUGGAAGAUCGUCAGCAUCCACAGCACCAACAUCGCAAACAAAUGACGGAACCGCACCUUGCCCGCACAAAGUAGCCACAACUCCACGCCAAAAGCCAACCCUUCACCUUCAAUCUCGUCCGGCAAUGCCGCAAUUGCCGUCCGCUGCCAUCGAUUUAAGCAUCGAUGACGAUCCGACUUCCUUGAAAGUUAUGGGGGCAUCCCAUUCUCCGAUGCCUCCAUCGAUGGAAGGGACUUCUCCUUCUUCGUCGUCGUCUUCCAUCUUGGUCACUCCCAAGGGAACGACCCCGGUUGCCAAGAAAGCAAAGGGGUUGGCACCUGUACCGCGUGGUGGAAAAACAACCACCACCAAACCGGGCCACGGAGACGAAGAGUGGCUGUUAUGCCAUCGAUGGGUGGGCGAUGGCGUCAAUCUCAGCCGGCAUGGAGCCUGUGACUACCAAGAAGAAUUUCGCGUCCUAAUGGAGGGAUCGUCCUCGUCUUCCGCCACAACAAAGACCUCUUCCUGCCCUCCAAAAGCGCUUCGGUUUCGGUCCAAGAGCCACCGCAUGGACGGAAGCUUUCCACGCCACCUUUCCUUUCUAGGUACCCUAUUGAAACACAAUCUCAUCCGCCUGAAAGCAACCGCCUUGAUGGAAGAAAAACAGUUGCCCGUCGGUGCCCAGGUUGCCUUUGGGAUACGGGUAUGGAUUGUCGACCCGGUCCGAUUUUUUGCCGUAUUCCGGGAUGGCAACAACAAGAACGGCGGUGGCAGCAGGUCGUCUUAUUCGAAAGAUUUCCUGUAUUCCGGUCGCAAUGCUCGCAUGGGUCAGGCAGCUACAGCAGCUGUAUCGCGUUCUUUACUCGCAUCGUGCCGCGAGUGUGCCUUUUUGUUGCUGCAGUGGGCGCAGCACGGAAAGCAGGAGACUCGCAAUGACGAUGCUGAUGGCAAUGGAACGGGGGGCACAUCAUCGGAAAAUGAAAGCAGCAACAACGAUAGGGGUGUGGACGGCAGCGAUGACGACGACGAUGACGAUGACGAUGGAGGAGACUUGGAUGCCGCAACACCUACCCUGCAUGCGUCUGCGAAGGACGAAGAGGCCGCGAUUCCAGAUUGGGCUAGAGGAGUGCUCGGAGCAGAAAACGGAAACGACAGCACAGCUGUCGCCAAGAAAGUGGAUGACAGCCAUGGCGAUCUCGAAACGGAACACAACGAAAUGGACACUCCCAGAGGGUUUCGAGAGGGGAUCGAUCUGCGACCCUACCAGAAGCAGUCUCUCUACUGGAUGACUCAAAGGGAAAAGAAAUCACCCAGCGGCCGCAAAGAGCUGGUACGGCUCUUGCAAAGGUUAGCUAGGGAAUCAUCAACGACGCACAGGGUAGGAAUACAGCACGAUGACGAAGUGUGCCUGUUGGGACCUAGAAAGGGAAUAUCUUGCGAUUGCGGUCCAGUCGUAGUUGAUACCAAUCAGGUGGAGGCACCUUGUAUUGCUAGAGGAUUCCUCCACGAGAGCGACAAAGACGGCAACGAGGAAUCUGAAGAUCAGGAACUGGAUCACCCUCUCUGGGAACGGCGGUUUUUGUGCAACAAUCACCAAACAAAGGCUUUUAGUUUCUUCGUCCAGCCUUCCUUUCGAAAUGCAGCUCCGGAACCUCCACCAUCUCCUCUUCCCUGUAGGGGUGGAAUUCUUGCCGACUCAAUGGGGUAAGGAUAGUACACUGGGACCGAUUUUAUUCCGCUCGUGUGAAUAGUUUGUAGUGUGAUUCACUCAAUGGACAUACUAAUUUUACUCAAACCUGUUCUUUUCACACCUUCUUCUUCCGAUUUCGUAGGUUGGGCAAAACGGUUCAGCUCUUAGCACUUGUACAAUCCGACAAAGACGAAAACAGCGAGAAGGAAGAUGCUGACACGGCUGACGGGGAGCCUCGCACAAACGACUCUACUCUAGUUGUAUCGCCACUUUCGCUUCUGAAUCAGUGGGAGGACGAAAUAAAGAGUAAAACAACCCUCACGAAUCGAGUUCACUACAACGACGGCAAGAAGAAACAGAAUGGUAAUGGUAGCAAGAAUCACGUCGACAUCGUCCUGACAACCUACGGUACCCUACAAGCCGAACUUCGAACACGACGAAAGGCUGGAGUAUCGACGGGUCUUUCCCUGCUAUCAAAGAAUUGGAAACGCGUAAUACUGGACGAAUGCCACACAAUAAAGAACCAUUCCACGAUGGUAGCCAAAGCAUGCUGUCUCCUCCGUGCCGAACGACGAUGGGUAGUCUCGGGCACCAUAAUUCAGAACUCCUUAAAUGACGUCUAUUCUCUGAUUCGCUUUCUUCGCCACGAACCGUUCUCAGAACACGCCUUCUGGAAUACUACUGUUACGAAGGCCUCAGAUUUCUCCGUGGCUUUAGAUCGAGUCAAGAGCAUUCUUUCCCCAAUCAUGAUACGCAGAACAAAAGAGACGCGGGACAAGACCGGGAAACUGAUCCUCACUCUACCAGACAUCGACUGCGAGUGCGUCCCGGUACAAUUCUCCCCCGAGGAAAGGCAAUUUUACGAGGCUCUAUACCGUAAAUCAUUUGAUAUUUUUAAAGGCUUCAUUCAAGCGGGGACGGCCUCAUCGUCGUGGCUCAAGAUUUUUUCACUGUUGCAGCGAUUGCGUCAAACUUGUUCACAUGUUGCUCUGACCGUAAAGUCUCAUUUGGAUGACGAAGAUUGGACGUCGAAUAUAACGCAGUCGUCAUUAGGAGAUGGAAGUGAUAAGGAUACUUCUACGGAAAGACCAAUAAGGGAGAAGGGACAGACGACCGAAGAUACCAUCGAUCAAUCAUUCUUGGCAGAUUUGCAUCACAAAUUUAAAUCUAUGCAGAGGAAUAGAGUCAAGGCGAAGUCGAAUGAUCAACAGGUUGGUGAUGAUAGCAAUUGCGAUUCAAACGACGCAUAUGCCUCAUCUAUCGCAAAUAUGCUCAACCAAGCUGUUCAAAGUGAUUCGUCAGAAUUAAAUGAAGAAUGCCCAAUUUGUCUCGAUAACAUAACGAUGAAUGAUUCUGCAAUCACACCGUGUCUUCAUAUAUUUUGUCAAGGUUGCCUGCUUGGUGCUUUGGAAAACAGAAAGAAAUGCUCUGGUAGGCCGACGGACUCACACCCGACACACUGCGGAAGCUGCCCCGUAUGUUCGACGGAAAUCGAUACGCGAAGAAUCCUUCGCAUGAACCAUUCCGAGAAUGGGAAAAUCCAGACGACCUUUCUUCAUCAAAACCCACAACAAGAAGGAAAGGAAAACUUGGAAGUCAACGAAGCGGAUGGUUGCGCCAGGAAAAUCUUGCAGACUGCUAUACAAGGAGCAAGUAGUUCAAAAUUAGCAGCAAUCUUGAAAGAGCUGCAUCUUGUUUGGGAAAAGGAGCCAGGUUCGAAGGUUUUGAUAUUUUCACAGUUCCUCGGAUUUCUUGACAUCAUGGAGAAAAGUUUUAAGUAUAGCGGGAUUUCAUACGGACGACUGGAUGGAAAACUCAGCCUCAAAGAUCGCAUGAAAGUUCUCAGCGAUUUUAAUUCUGGGUCGCCGCGGUAUGCUUCGUCUCAUAAUUCAAAUGCUGGAACAGUUUUGUUGAUCAGCAUGAAAGCUGGAGGAGUGGUACGUUCAGUGUACCUUUUGAACUAUCCACUAUUUCAAAAACGAAGUCUAACCAUACCAUUGAAAUUCAUUCUUUUUCUUUUCUCAUCAGGGACUUAAUCUUGUUGCUGCAAAAAGUGUAUUUAUUGUUGGUACGUAAUGUUCGCUGUUGUGAAAUCAUCAACACUUAUGCAAUGGCUGACGUACUUUUUACUUCUCGCUAUUUGUAGAUCCUUGGUGGAAUGCUGCGGUAGAAGACCAGUGCGUUGAUCGAAUUCAUAGGAUUGGACAAUCUGCAAAAACGAUCUACGUGAGAAAGUUCUUUGUAUUGAAUAGCAUCGAAGAACGUAUUCUUGAGUUGCAAAAAAGGAAGAAAGAAGUCGCUCGAGCCGCCCUAUGUGACAAGGCAGCAACAGAAGCAGAAGGAAUAUCUCGUCCAUCUAUUGAUGACUUCAAAAUUCUAUUUAGAGCCUGAUUUAUCAGUUUCCUUUAUUCGGAUUAGCUAUUUCACCGAGAGACUAAGUUUUGCUGCACGUUUCUCUUUGAAAUGAUAAAUUAUUAGCAACCAAAAGUACCCGAAGUAGCGAAGAUAUUUUUAACAAGCUCAAAAAGAAUAGUAAGUUCCGAGGAUAAGACGCGACUCUUCAAGCUAUGUCUUCUAGUACUCUUGUUCAAGUUGAUGGGAAUUAUCGGAUGCAUUUAGAUGAAAUGCAAGUGAUGUCGAGUCCGAUGAUCCACAUCGCGGCAUUGAUUUGGAAAAAUAGCAUGAACAAUAACGGAGAUUGUACCCUCGGCCUCUUCAUAUUAUUUUCUUAUUUUUGUUACUUUAGACCUGAAGAAUCAAAAUCGAUUCCUUUCUGAGAAAUGACCCAUAUGUCUUGGGUAUCUCUAUAUAACUCAUUAUAAUCAAGACCGUAGCCGAUGAUAAAAUUGUUUGGUAUAGAAAAUCCAGCAUACUUUGCGGUGCACUUUUGAGGUUUUCCGAUGCGUUUUGUUAGUAGGCAACAAACCUCAACCGAGGCUGGGUUUGCCUUUUCCUUCAAGAUCGGAAUUAAAUGAGAAAUUGUUGUUCCAGUGUCCACAAUAUCUUCAACUAGAAUCACAUGUUUCUGCUGAAGACUUUCAAAAUCAAACCCUCCCCCAAUU